GUCAUUGGCAAAAAAAGAAAAAGAAAUUGUAUAUCAAAACCCUUCUCGACAAGUGUGAUUCAUGGAGUCUGGAUCAUCCAAACUCUUCUCCUUGGCGCAGCAGCUUCGUGUAUACAAGCCGCCGCUCAACGAGGCGGAAGAGAGCACAGGGAAACUGAGAUCUCACUCUAUGUCUCCGGAGAAGAAAGCAGCUGUCUUGAUCUGUCUCUUCGAAGGAGAGGAAGGUGAUUUGCGUGUUAUCCUCACUAAGAGGUCUUCCGGAUUGUCUACUCACUCAGGAGAAGUUUCUUUGCCAGGUGGUAAAGCAGAGGAGGCUGAUAAGGAUGAUGGUGUUACUGCCACCAGAGAGGCAGAUGAAGAGAUUGGGUUACACCCUUCUCUUGUUGAUGUUGUUGCUUUCCUCCAACCAUUUCUUUCUCAGCAUCUGCUUAGAGUAACUCCUGUAGUGGGAAUAUUAUGGGACAGAAAAGCAUUCAAUCCAACGCCAAAUCCUUCUGAAGUGGAAGCUGUAUUUGAUGCGCCGCUUGAGAUGUUUUUGAAGGAUGAGAACCGGAGAUCCGAGGAGAUUGAGUGGAUGGGGAAAAGGCAUUUGCUCCACUUCUUUGAUUACAAUACAGGGGAUCAGGAGUAUGUUAUAUGGGGUUUAACCUCUAGAAUCUUGAUAAGGGCUGCAUCGGUGGUAUAUCAACGACCACCUGCUUUCAUUGAAGAUAUACCUAACUUUGAGUACUCCAGAAUGUGAAUACACAAAGGCUACUACUUUAUAUUGAUAGCUGAGUUCUUGCUUGGGGCAUCUUGUGGCAAAUUUCCAUGAAUUUUUUGGGGAGGAAGAUCGUUGGUGAUGUCUCUGUCUGGUCCUUUCCCAGCACACUGCUUGCGUUCUCAAGUUGGAAAUUAUCAAGACGGAAAUUUUGUGCAAGUCUAAAUCAGUUGACCUGAAGACCAAGUGCAGCAUUCUUGGAAGUGUUUCAGCAUGUUUUGUGCCAAUCAACAAAUCUGAACAAUACUAAUUCAACUAAUGAAACAGCAAAGCCUCUGGUGCAGGUGAUAGGAAAGUAAUUUCUGGUUGAUUUGCUUAUUGGAAGGUGGUUUUUAAUUCCAACGAUCUAAGCCAGUUUGAUCUGAUGACAAGGAUACAAUUAAGAUUUGGUUUUCCUAAGGAACCUUUACCACGUAAUCAGUAAGUGUGUGCAGACUAUUCCCCCUGGAGUAUUUCGUCCUUGGUGAAGCGGCAACAUCUGGUUAUCAUUCUUGAUGAAUCAACACGCUGCAUUACUUGUGCAGACCAUUCUCUCUGGAAUAUUUCGUCCUUGGUGAACCUGGCAACAUCUGGUUAUCAUUCUGAUGAAUCAACACGCCGCAUUACUCUCCUUCUUGGAGAAACUGGCAGCAUUUGCGUUGUAGUAGUAAAGAGGUAUAUAUCUGGUUGGAAUGCUUCAAGAAGAGGUCACAUGUUUGAAAAUCUGAAUAAUCUGACCUGAAAGUAAAGCUCGUUUUUAGAGAAUCAAGCAGCAUACUGAGUGGUAUCUGAUGUUAUGUGUUUCGAGUUAUCUCGAGAAGAGCUUCAUUUAGUCCAAAUUGUCAAUCAUCUGACGCCAAGUGGGAUUUGCUGAUGAAAUUCAGUUCUUGCUCUCUGCUUUUAUUGUUGCUUACAACCAUUGCAAUUGACUGAACUAGAAUGAAUAGUGAUCUGAUGGUAGUUGUAUAAUUUACAUCUCGUUCUACCUGUUACUUUGAUCAUGUAGUCAAUCUUGAAAGUCCUAUCUCAUGUCUGAAAGAUGUUUUUUCUUGUCAAAAGGCCUAUAUUAUUGAACAUGGGAUUCUCAUCUUGAUCU